UGCUUCCCACAGGCAUCACUUAUAAUUAACAACUAUAGAUUGGAACAGUUUAAAGUUGUUUGCGCAAGAUACUAACCGAAGAAAGGUUACUGAGGGCUGAUCGAAAAUCAAUCUCGUGGUUCUUGUUGGACACCUAUGCGCAUGCCCGGUUGCCUGCGCGUUUCUAGCCUUUCACAUUUAUUCACAAACGUUUUGCACGGUGUGUGCGACUUUGAAGUUGAGGUAUGGUACAGGCCUGGUACAUGGACGAUUCUGAUGAUGAUCAGCGAAAUCCACACCAGCUAGAACCGAACCAGACAGUGACUUUGGAACGGUUGAAAAAACUCGGAGUCCUGUAUUGGAAAUUAAAUGCUGAUAUUUAUGAGACUGACCCAGAACUGGCAAAACUUCGUGAAGAAAAAGGAUAUUCUUUCAGUGACAUCAUAACUAUUAGAAAGGACACACUUCCAAAUUAUGAAGAAAAGCUAAAGAUAUUUUUUACUGAACACCUUCAUUUGGAUGAUGAAAUUAGGUAUAUUGUGGAUGGCAGUGGCUACUUUGAUGUUAGGGACAAAGAUGAGCGAUGGAUUCGCAUUGCCAUGGAAAAGGGGGACAUGAUUACUUUGCCUGCUGGUAUUUAUCAUCGCUUCACAGUAGAUCAGAAGAACUAUGCACAAGCCAUGAGGCUCUUUGCCGGAGAACCUGUCUGGACAGCAUAUAAUCGUCCAGCUGAUGACUUUGACUGUCGGAAGCAGUAUAUUGAGUGCAUCAACAAGACACAUGCUGCUGUAGCCUCAAUAUGACUCAACAUGACUUUCCAGUUGUAAAUUCUUUACAGUUGCCAUGUAAUUAGCAAGUGAAAAAAAAAAUGUUUACUAUGGGUGAGCUGUACAUUAAAAUUGUUUGCCUGUUCUUAUUAUAAAGUAUUGAA